CGCAUCGCUAAUUCUGCCAUUCUGUGUGACGGCGUAAAAUAAAGAAGUUGAGAAAAUAAAGACGCAGUGGUAAAUUCAAGAAAUCAUCCAGAAAGUGCAUUAUUUGUCUGCCACAAAUUCAGAAGUGGUCAAAUCUACGCCAUGAAUAUGAAUGAAGCUAAUUUAAACGCAUUUUCGGUCAUCCAGCUAAAAAGAUGGCUUUCAGCGUUGGGUUUGUCAACCCAAGGUGCAAAAGCCGAAUUGAUGGCCCGUCUUGGGCAAAUACCGCUUGAAAUUCGAGGCCAAGUACCAGACGAAGAAACCGGCCAGAAUUUCGGAGAAGAUGAGCCUGGCGCCGCCGGCACUGGACUCCAGUUGGUCAACACCGAUCCUGAAAAUCCAGGGCAAGCGACGUCGCAGGAAGGCGCUUCCGAGAAUGUUCCAGAACAUGACGAACUUCUUGGAAUCAUCACGCAGCUGCGGGCAGCACUUCUUGCGCAGCAAAAUGCGUUGCACCGAGCAGAAGAGCGCGGCGCCAUACAGCAACAACAAAUCGAGGAGCUCAACGCCAUCCAACAAAUACAAAUGCAACAGCUAGAAGAGACAAGCGUCGCCACAGACCUACAUCAGCAAGAAGAGACACACAUCGCCACACACACACAACAGCAAGAAGAGGCGCGCGACGCCAUACAAAUACAACAAGAUCAGGCAGUCGGCAACAGCGGAAAUUUGAGCGUCCCUGUGAACCCAAUUGGAACGUUACUGAGUGGCAACGCUGGCAAUGUGAACGUCCCAGAAUUCACCAUCAGAAACGGACUAUGUGGCAACGCCGACGACAACCAGGAAGAGAGACCAUUUACCAGGGUUGGAUCAGCGGCAUCACUCUCUUAUGCCAAGGAAGCUGCCAUCGAUUUCGAAGGAAAUAUUUGCGCACGCAACUGGGUGGAUCACGUUAAAAACAUAGGCCAGAUCUACCAUCUAAAUGAUGACUGCCUACGAAUGUUGCUCGUUACCAAACUAAAAGGCAAUGCACAGCGUUGGCUACACGCCAACCCAACUCGAAUGCUGGAGUCUUUCGACAGGCUGUGCGAGCAACUGAUCAUUGCAUUUGGAGAAACAGCGUCCAAAUCGGAGCUGCGUCGAAAGUUUGAGCAACGCAAAUGGCAAAGGAACGAGCGUUUUACAAUGUAUUUCGAAGAGAAGGUAAUGAUGUCCCAAACCAUCAACAUGGAUAUGGAGGAACUGCUGGAACAACUCAUCGAGGGAAUCCCGUCGGCGAGCUUGCGUGAUCAAGCCCGCAUCCAAAGGUUCGCCAAUCCGGAGCAAAUGCUACUAGCAUUCGCCAAUGUACGCCUACCGCAACAAGCCGGAGUCUACGCACCGAAGAAGUCAAUGUCGGCGGCGGCGGACGUCAACAACCUGCGCUGCAGGAACUGCAACUCUAAAGGCCAUUUCGCCAAGGACUGCCGCAAGCCAGCAAGGGCACCUGGAUCGUGUUUCGCUUGUGGAGAGAUGGGCCAUUUUGUGGGAGAAUGCCGUCUGAGGAAGAGCAACAACAGCAGCAACGUUAACGAUUAUAAUGUCUCAUAGAUUCAGGAAGCGCAAUCUCAUUCAUUAAGCAGUCAAGAAUUCCAUUUGAAGUAGCAUUAAAAGCAGUUGACCAAGUGUAUCAUGGGCUAAACAAAAGCCAACUUAAAGUUUUUGGAAAAACGUUUUGUUUCAUUUUAAAAGGAAAAAUAAAGAUUAAAUUUGAGAUGAUUGUCGUUGCUAAUGAAUCAAUGAGACACGAUGUAGUUCUGGGAAGGGAUUUUAUGAAUCAAUAUGGUCUGAGCAUGAAUCUGGACACCCUCAACAUAAAUAGAGAUAUUAAUAAUACGAUUGAAGCACAUGGGGAAAAGGAUCAGCAACUAGCAACCGCCGUAGUAGCCAAUCGCGACUCCAGCGAAACUGUAUUAGAAAAUGAAAUUGUUAUGAAAAAACUGUUAGGAAAUUCAACUGUUAUGGAAAAUGAAACUGUUAAGGAAAAAUUGUUAGAAAAUGCAACUGUUAAGGAAAAAUUGUUAGAAAAUGCAACUGUUAAGGAAAAAUUGUUAGAAAAUGCAACUGUUAAGGAAAAAUUGUUAGAAAAUGCAACUGUUAAGGAAAAAUUGUUAGAAAAUGCAACUGUUAAGGAAAAAUUGUUAAAAAAAGCGAUGGUUACGGAAAAAUUUUUAGAAAAUGAAUCUCCUGAGGAAAAAUUAUUAGAAAAGUCAACUAUUAUGGGAAAAUUACUAGGAGGUGUAAAUGUUGAAAGAAAUUUUAGAGAACAGGAAACACAUAACGGAAAAAGUGUAGAGAGCGAUACUUUUAAUGAAAAAACAGAAAUUUUAGCAGACGAUUUUGAAACCGAGAUGCUAAACAUUAACGUAGUUGAUGAUCAAUUUUCAGACUACAACUGUGGGUGCGAUGUAAGCUAUGAAACGAAGUGCAAAUUUAUUAAGAUGUUUGAAGAGUCAUAUGUUAACGCAAAGAGACCAGAUACUCCGUUUACCAGAUGCGAGAUGAAAAUUUGUUUAGAGAAAUCCAAACCUUUCAGUUGCUCACCUAGGCGACUUUCUUUUAGUGAAAAGGAGCAGCUUCAGAAAUUAUUAGACGAAUAUUUAGACAAAGGCAUAAUAAGAAACAGUGAUUCAGAAUAUGCUUCUCCCAUUGUACUGGUAAAGAAAAAAACAGGAGAUUUGCGUUUAUGCAUAGACUAUCGAAAAUUGAACAAAGUUUUGAUAAAGGACAAUUAUCCGUUGCCUUUAAUAGAUGAUCUUUUAGACAAGUUAGUGAAUAAAAAAGUGUUUUCAAAGCUCGACUUAAAAAAUGGAUAUUUUCACGUAUUCGUUGGCGAUGAUUCAGUUAAAUAUACGUCAUUCGUAACUCCAUUAGGGCAAUUUGAAUUUUUAAGGAUGCCUAUGGGUAUCAAGAAUGCAUCAGCAGUAUUUCAGCGCUUUGUAAACAAAAUUUUUGCUGAUUUAAUACGCGAAAACAAGGUCAUAGUAUACAUGGACGACAUAAUGAUAGCCAGUGCAGAUAUAGAAGAACAUUUAGAAACAUUGAGAGAAGUGUUUAAAAGACUGAUUAGUAACAAGUUAGAACUUCGUAUGGACAAAUGCGAGUUCAUGCAAUCCAGCAUUAAGUACCUUGGAUUCCUUAUUUCUAAAGAAGGAAUCAGAGCAGAUGAUAGAGGUAUCGAUGCAAUCACAAACUUUCCAAUUCCUGAAAAAGUGCACAACGUUCAAAGUUUCUUAGGACUAUGUUCUUAUUUUAGAAGGUUCAUAAAAGAUUUUUCUACAUUAGCUAAGCCUCUGUAUGACAUUUUAAAGAAAGACAAAGAAUUUUCUUUUGAAGAAAGAGAACUUAACUGUUUUUUAAACCUUAAGAAAAAACUGAUAGAGUCACCUGUUUUAGCAAUUUAUAAUCACAAGGAUGAGGUUGAAUUGCAUUGCGAUGCAAGCGCGAUGGGUUUUGGUGCAGUUUUAAUGCAAAGGAAAGGAGAUGGAAAACUUCACCCCGUGUUCUAUUUUUCGAAACGAAGUACUGAGACUGAAGCCAAGUAUCACAGCUUUGAGCUAGAAACUCUAGCUAUUAUCUAUGCCCUGCGUAGGUUUCGGAUCUAUUUACAAGGGAGGCAUUUUAAAAUAAUAACAGAUUGCAAUUCUUUAACGUUGACUUUAAACAGAGUCGAACUGAAUCCUAGAAUCGCCCGAUGGGCACUUGAACUUCAAAAUUAUGAUUAUGAACUGAUUCAUAGAUCCGGAACAAAGAUGCAACACGUAGAUGCUCUGAGCAGAUGCAAUAUUUUGAUUGUAGAAACCACUACUUUUGAGGACAAUCUUUUAAUUUGUCAAUCGAAAGAUAUAAAAAUACAGCAAAUCAAAGAAGAGUUAGAAAAGAAUCAGCACAAACUGUUCGAAAUGAGAAAUGGCGUUGUAUACAGAAAAACAGUUGACGAUCGUUUAUUAUUUUAUGUCCCUGAGGACAUGGAAGGUCCCGUUUUGCACAAAUAUCAUAAUGAACUUGGUCACAUUGGUAGAGAUAAGAUGGUAGACGCUAUUUCGAGGAGCUAUUGGUUUAAAAAUAUCAAAGACAAAUGUAAGAAUCACAUCGAGAAUUGCCUAAAAUGUGUAGCUUUCUCUCCAAACACAGGUAAAUCGGAAGGUUUCCUUCACAGCAUUCCUAAAGGCGAUAAGCCAUUUGAGCUAUUACACAUCGACCAUUACGGACCAGUGGCCGCAGGAAGGGCGAAUAAACACAUAUUUCUUAUAGUAGAUGGAUUUACGAAAUUCGUUAGAUUAUAUCCAACCAAGACAACAAGCACAAAAGAAGUUCUAAAAGCUUUAUCGGAUUAUUUCAGGGCUUAUAGCAAGCCAAAAUGUAUAGUUUCUGAUAGAGGCAGUUGUUUCACAUCUAACGAAUUCGGACAAUUUUUAACAGAAGCAAACAUUAAACAUCUCAAAAUAGCGACAGGUUCUCCGCAAGCAAAUGGACAAGUGGAACGGAUUAACAGGACAAUAGGACCAAUGAUAGCAAAGUUAACUGAGCCUGAAAAUGGUAUACACUGGGAUAAUGUAAUCGAACAAGUAGAAUAUGCACUCAACAACACUGUACACAGAAGCAUUAAACAAGUUCCUAGUAAGGUGCUCUUUGGUGUAGAGCAGAAAGGCCAAAUUAUUGAUGAGCUUAGGGAAAAAUUAGAAGAAAUUAACGACACAACCCAAGUAGAAAGUUUAGAGGAAAUAAGAAGACUGGCAAUGGAAAACCAAAAUCGAGCACAGGCAUACAACGAAACAUAUUAUGAUAAAACAAAGAAAAAGCCAAAGGAUUAUGCUAAAGGAGAUUACGUAAUGGUCAAAAAUUUUGACAGCACUGCGGGGGUUGCUAGGAAGUUGAUCCCAAAGAACAAAGGCCCAUACAUGAUUGCUAAACUACUGCGUAAUGACAGGUUCUUGCUAGAGGAU